UUUAUACCUAUAUCUGUAGCUAAUCACAAGCAAUAUUUAUGUGAGAUACUGAUAGUUUCAAUUAUUUAGCUCAUACUUCUUAUAUAUAAUAACACGUAUUAGAGUUACCAUGAGUCAGAAAUGAGACGUCGAAAAGAUAUAUUCCAAACGAUAAUGUGUACGAUAUGCUUCAAACAAGUAUUGUAUACCGUUUUGAUGCUUAACAUCGCCAUGGCUAUCAAAACAGAUGUAGACCACGGAAAUUGUGAAAACGCUACAUCUGAUGAACAUUUAUCAAUUACAAUAAUAGAGCCAAUAUAUUAUAAACUUUUUUUCAAAUUAAAUAUGGAUUCUGAAAAUUACAACGGGGAAUCCGACAUUGUCAUCAACAUUCACAAACCAAUCAAAAGAUUAAGUCUGCAUUGUUUUGGACCGUAUAUAUAUACAUCAAGCAUAUCGUUAAAGUCGAUAACUCAAACUUCAAAUCAGAGUAUACAACAUACUCGUUAUGCAUCUUAUCGUGUUUGUACUAAAACACAGCGGUUCGACAUAUUAUAUGAUGAUUUAAUAUCUCCUGGAUUAUACGAGCUACAUAUACAUUUUUCCAAUAAGCAUGAAAACAUUAUUAGAUAUCAAUAUAUAAGAUAUACAGAAACUGAGGCAACUAAAAGGUGGUUUCUUGGAAUAUUGUCGACGUCAAAUCGUGCUCGAACAUUAUUUCCAUGUUGGGACGAGCCGGAAAUACACAUGAAUUAUGAGAUUAUUAUCGAACAUCCUGAGCAGUAUAAAGUUAUAUCGAAUAUGCCAGUGCAAAAGCUAUUAAACAAAUCAGAUAAUACCUUAUUAACGUAUUUCCAUAUUAGCAAACCUAUAGCUUCAAGUCAAGUGGCAAUCGUAAUGGUUGAUAACUUGACUCAUAUUAAUUUGGGCGAUGAUUUGUAUUGGUAUCAACAGAAUAUAGUGAAAAAUACGAACAUUUCGUCGGAAAUUUGGAACACGAAAGAACUUUUCAAAAAUUACCUCGGAAAUUACCAUUAUGGAAUUAUGGAAACCAAUUACAUCGUAAUUCCGAAUCUUCCAUCUCAGGUUAUAGGAAGUUUAGGAGUUAUUAUAUACAGGGAAGAAAGCUUUAAGUACGAUAAUGCUACAGAUUUUUCUGGUCGUAAAAUGAAUAUCUACAAGAUAGUAGGCGAUUCAUUAGCGCGGGAAGUCCUCGUCCAAAUAAUGUGCCCUUCUCAUUUUUGGCUAAUUAAGAUACUUGCAUCAUUCUUAAGUUAUUUUACCAUUUUCCAGUAUGAACAUGACUCGUCGAUUAUGGACCUUUCCAUCGUUCAGACUAUGCAGGGUGCUUUGUACUAUGAUAUCGAUUUCCAAAUGGCACCUGUGUCACAGAACAAAUUCGUGCAUUCCAUUGAUGAAAUUGAUGCAAUUCAUUAUUCUCGACCGUAUUAUAAUAAAGGAGCUGCUGUAAUGCGCAUGUUAUUUUAUUCUCUCGAAGCGCCGGAAUAUGUCUACAAGGAAAUUAUCCGGAAACUUGCGAAGAAAUGGUGAGUGAUGCAUUAUAUAAUGAGAUAAUAGUGCAUCCUGAUUAAUUAUUUAAUAUUCCACGAAAAAACGCGAAUCCAAAUAUGUCUUAAAUACAUCUUGCUUAAGACAUUUUGAAAGUGUUUCUAAGACGUCUUAAAUUGCUACACAAUAUCCUUCUAAUAAUUUGGUAAGACAUCUUCGGAAUUUUAAGAUUUCUUUCAUAUGUCAUAAAUGUAUUAUUUGAUAUAUUUACCCUA